CAACAGGAGCAGCUCCUCUUGUCGGUGUUGCCACGCUACAUCGCCAUGGAGCUGAAAACGGAGGUGAUAAAGCGACUGUCCAAGCCGGAGAGCGAUAAGGAGAACGAAUCCAACUUCCACAACUUCCACAGCCUCUACAUACGGCAGCACAAAGACGUCAGUAUCCUGUAUGCGGACAUCGUUGGCUUCACAAAGCUGGCGAGCAGCUGCUCUCCAGAGGAACUGGUCGCUGUGCUCAACAAGCUCUUUGGCAGAUUUGACGACAUAGCCAAGAAGAACGGAUGUCUUCGCAUUAAGAUCCUGGGCGACUGCUACUAUUGUGUGUCCGGUCUCCCCGACCCGAUCCCCACUCAUGCCAGGAACUGUGUUCAGAUGGGACUGGACAUGUGCACGGCCAUCAGUAAACUGCGUGAGGCGACAGGUGUUGAGAUCAGCAUGCGUGUGGGCGUUCACACCGGCUACGUGCUCUGCGGCGUGAUCGGCCUGCAGAAGUGGCAGUACGACGUGUGGUCACAUGACGUAACGUUGGCCAACCACAUGGAGUCUGGAGGUCUGCCUGGACGAGUUCACAUCACAGAGGAGACGCUGCAGCACUUGAAUGGAGCGUACCAAGUGGAGGUUGGGAACGGGGCGAGUCGAGAUCCUCUCCUGGAUGGAAGAAAAACCUUCCUGGUGAUCGACCCUCGUAAACCGGACGUUUACUCCAGGAGGCCAAAACCGGCGAACACUCAGGCGGAGCCCCGGCAGCGGGCGUCGGUGCGGAUGUCUCUGUAUCUCCAGUCGUGGAGGACGAUCCACCCGUUCGCUGACCUCAGCCACCCUGGGGCCACGCCCUCCAAGAAGAGCACCGCCCACGUUGUCACGAGCCAAUCACAGCUCACCGCCGAAAGACCUCCCUGCCAGAGCAACCUCCCCGG